CUAGAAAUGUCUGUGGAGAGGUGCCUUUUCCUCUCUCGGCUGCCGCCAUCCGAGAGCCCAGUUGCGGCAGUCAGCCCUCGUGGCGCCCUCAACGGCCAGGCGAGAGGCACCAAAAGGGCGGCAGACGGGGAGGGUGGCUGCCGGUCCGAGGACUUCUGUGUCCAUGGGAUGCUUGAGGUGGGUGGGUGAAUUCACAGAUCUUCGCGAAUAUUGAGGGAUCUGACGUGUGUUCUCUUCUGUCUGUCUGUGGUGUCUGUCAGGGUCGUGAGCUGGAGGUGUGUCUGCACCUUCGUGCUGCAGAUGGGAUGCGUGGAGGCGGCGUCCGGUGUGUGGGAGUGUAUGGCGAUGAGCGGCUGGCCGACAUCCUCAAAGACCGUGAAGAGGAUCUCGAACAGGUAGGCCGGGCCACGUCCAUUCAGCCAGAGGCAGAAAAAGAAGAAGGUCAUCUGUUGCGCUGUUGGUCGGUGUCACCUGUCAGCGUCUGCGGGGCCGCGAUGGUCUUGACAACAUCCUGCACGAGCUGGAGUCCACACUGGACAGGAUCUCCCCGCCCAACCCUCCGGCGUCCGUACGCUGAAACUGCAACAUUACAUCGCCAAUCUCAUGGAUGGAUAGUGUCCAUUCUGCAUCUGUCUGUGCAGGCCGGAGCGGUCUCCUGUGCUGCUGAUGAGCCGCAUUCUCAGCGAUUUGGAGUCCCUCGGGCAGCACCGACUGGUCAGCGUCACGCCAGGAUGGGACAAGCUACAGGUAGGGUGCGCCUUCAUUCCAUCCAUUCGUUAACCCUUUUGCAUUCAUUUCAUCUGUGUGGUGUCUUGCCUGAAGGUGUUGGUAGAGGACAGCAGUGGCCGCUCCCAUGAACUGCGUGUCCAGUAUUCGCCGCAGUUCAUCCAGGCCAUCGAGGAGGAGCAGCAGCCAUCUGCUGGUGGAGUGUCGCGGACGUGGACCCGUGCCAUCGCUGCUGAGAUCAGCGGCGACCUGCCGAUACUCCCCAACCCCAUCACCGUCACAGCAAAACCGUACGCACGCAGAGAAUGCAAAAGGGGUGUGCCUGACAUGUAUCGGGUGUGUGUGUGUGUGUGUGUGUGUGUGCGCAGUGACGUGUGUGUCCACCCCCUGGCGUGUGUGUACCGACAUGCUGUGGGGUUCGUCGAUGGCCUCAGCGGUUGGUUUGACGUCUGCGACGACAUACACAGACACGCGCGGGUGAUCGAGCCAAAAAAGGUCCGACAGACAAGAAAACGACGAUGGGAAGUACACACAACACACACCAACCACCCGUGCUGCCUCCUGUGUGUGUGGCGUGUGUGGUCACCUCACAUAUCACAUCAGGCCUCAUAUGCGCCCCUCAGGCGGCGACUGGGUGAGUGAGCAAACAAGUGGAAGAGAAACAACCACACGAAGCCGCAAUCUACAGUAGGUAUCCGUGUGUGUCCAUCCAUCAGGUUUGACCUCGGAAGUGUCGCUAAUGCUCACCCUCGACCCGCGCAACCCAAAGUACAUAACCCGGCCAGCCAAACCACACAGCCACGAGCAGCACCUACAUUUGCCUCUUUCUUUCGUCCUUUCCAGGUCGGUGAAUGGACAGCACGUGGGGUUCAUGGGUUCCGAAGCUGCAAGGAAGCCCUUCGAAAGGGCGUAUGAGAGUGCGCACCGCGACAGAUGGGACCCCCAGAUCGGCCCGAGACGCAACCUGGAGGCCAUCCUGCAGCAUCACUUCAUGCCACCCGACACACACACGGUCAGCCGAGCCAACAACACAACCAACACAACACACCGUUUCACACACCUUCACGGCGUUUCCUUUCUUGCUUAUUGACUGCAGGGUGAGCAGGGGAUGGAUGUAUCCGAUGGGCCAAAGGAGGUGACAUGCGGCAUCUGCUACGGCAGCCAGCUGGAGGGCGAGGCCCAACCGUCGGCCGUGUGCCGGUCGUGUGGGGGUGCGUUCCACCACAAGUGUCUGGAGGAGUGGCUCAACAGUUUCGUCAAUGUGGACGCGAUUGACGGCCGUUUGGAGGGGCCGUGCCCUGUGUGCGAGCAGCCAGUGACGUGUCUCGCCAGAUCGUAGACAGACCGAGGGGACCGACCGAUGGACGGCUCCCAUGUCUUUUGGUUGCAUCGAUGGCAUGGGAUCUCAAUCAAAGAUUAGGUGCGUCUCUCAAGAGUCUCAAUGUCAUCUCAUGCAGCCAGU